UAAGUCAAUAUAUUCAAUGAGAAACUUCGAACACAUAAUCUUCACAUUAAAAUGUUGAAAUAAAAUUGUCUUACUAUAGAAGUAAAUGUAAAUACUAAAUAGUGAUUUCAAAGCUGUCACAUCAAGAUGACCCAGUGUGUAUGAAUACUGUUUCAACACUCACUCCACAACUCCAAUCUCGUCCCCACCACCACCACUAUACUCAUUCAUUCAUUCAAUUCAAUUCAUUCAUCCAAACUAUUUUACGUCCCAUCACUCAAUCUCCCCUUCUCUCUCUCUCUCCACAAUACCCAUCCUCUAAAAUCACCUUCUCUUUCGCAUAUCGCAAAACCCAAAAUAAUUUAAUUUUUUUUUUUAAAAAAAAAGUCAUUAUCGUUGAAAAUGGAAGCUACAUCGGCGGGAGGAGAAUCUCAACCUCCGGCACCACAACCACAAUCACAACCAUCAUCACCGCCAACAGCAACACCGAGCCGUUACGAGUCACAAAAGCGACGAGACUGGAACACGUUUCAACAAUAUCUUCGAAAUCACAAACCGCCAUUAACACUAGCACGUUGUAGCGGAGCGCACGUGAUCGAGUUUAUGAAGUAUCUCGAUCAAUUCGGGAAAACGAAGGUGCACGUGACUGAGUGUCCUUAUUUUGGACAACCAAAUCCUCCUUCACCAUGUGCUUGUCCGUUAAAACAGGCGUGGGGAAGUCUCGACGCUCUCGUCGGACGUCUUAGAGCCGCUUUCGAGGAAAACGGCGGUAAACCGGAGAGUAAUCCGUUUGGAACUCGGGCGGUUAGGAUUUAUCUCAGGGAAGUUAGAGAAGGUCAUGCCAAAGCGAGAGGGAUUCCUUAUGAAAAGAAGAAGAGAAAGAGAUCCACUGUCACAGCAGCUGCUAUAGUAUCAACCGCGGCAGCAACUGUGAAUAGUAGUGGACCCAGUGACGGUGGUGAUAACGAUGAUAACACUAACAGAAUUGGAGCUGGUGUUACAACCGUUAACAUGGCCACCGUCACCCCUAGUAUUAGUACCGCUGCUAUAUAGCAGAGUAUUUAUUUUUCAAUUAUUAUAUAUUUGCUCUUUUAUAAUGCUGUUACAGUAUUAUCUGUUUUUAUUUUUAGGGGAAUUAAUCAUGAUUAUGGUUUUAAACAUAAUUAUGGAGAUUUUUAAUCAUGGUUACAUAUCUAUGGUAAAUUUUUAGAUUGAAUUGUAGUCCAUCAAAGUGGUGCUUAGGUUUUGAUCAAGAUCAAACGUUGAUCCACAUAUUAAGACGAGGUUCACGUGUUUGACUUAUGUCCUCAAAGAGGUGUUUUGGGUGCAAUGUUAGACUUUUAGCAAAGAAGUUUUGGGCGUCGGUUCACACGUAUUUUUCUUCUAUUAACUAGCAUAAAGUGGUUUCAGCCAUCUCCUGAUCGUAGUUGCGGGGAUCGAACCGUGAUCCUCUCUACCAAGUUCAGCGUCAAUUACUAUUGUACCAACUAACGAUUGGUUAGCUACAUGUUACUAACUAUAAAAUGUAAACUCAAUUAUGUUUCCUUGAUAUGGCAAUUCCUUACUAGGUUUCUAUCUUCUCACUUGAUUUUUUUUUUCUUUCACUCUUUUUUGUUUGUUUUAGGUUAUUAAUAUGAUUCAUUGGUAAAAAGAACUUGAUGAA